AUGGCCAAGCUCAAGCCCGGGCGCGGCGGCGCGUUGCUGUGCGCGGAGGCUAGCCAGCGCGGAGCCCAGCCCGACCCCAGUGCGCUCGCCAGCCAGCGCAAUGGCACGAAGGUCAGCCACCGCAAUGGCGCAAAGGUUAGCCGGCGCGGCGGCCAGCUCGCGUGGCAGCGCGAAGGACAACCUUUCCUGCGGCGACCAACAAUACGAGAUGCUAAAGAUGCGAGUACUACUCGCAUUGGAGGUCAGAGGUUCAAAAGUUUUGCCCAACGACCGACAGAUGGUACCCGUGGUGGCAUCCUUCUGCUGUGGGAUGAGGAUGCAGUCCAGCUAUCCAACGUGCAUUUUGGGACCUACUACCUCUCGGCCUUGGUUACCCUGCGCUCCCAGACCGACAACUCCACCUCCUUCAAGCUGACCGCUGUCUACGGCCCGACCCGUGGCAAUCUCAAGGACGCCUUCUUUGGCGAGCCUGUGUCCGAAAAGCCUCCCCCGGGCACCAUGUGGCUAGUCACGGAUGACUUCAACCAAAUCUAUCGAGCAAGAGAUAAGAAUCGCGCAAAUGCUGAUCGCAGCCGCAUUGUCCGUUUUAGAAACGCCCUGAACUCCUGUGAGUUAAAAGAGAUCCAUCUGCAAAACAAGAGGUUCACGUGGAGCAACGAUCAAAGUGACCCUACCUUGAGCAAACUUGAUAGCUUCUUCUGCAAUGAGGAAUGGGACUUGGAGUUCGGUUCGCACAUCCUGCAUGCCCUUUCUUCCUCUCCGUCCGACCAUUGUCCGCUUCUGCUUGCAAAUGCGAAUGGCCCGAAAUGUUCCAAGUGCUUCCGUUUGAGAACUUCUGGAUUAGGAUACCCGGGUUUCUGUCCACUGUCCAAGCGGCGUGGAAUGGAGACCAUAGCCAUGUCGAGCCCUGCCACAUUCUCCAUCACAAGCUCAAGAAAACUAGUAUCAGACUUAAAUCAUGGAGCAAAACACCUUUCUCUAAUGUCAAGGUCCAGCUUCAUAUGCAUCCUUCGCCUAGAUGUUGCGCAUGAAUCUAGAUCCCUGAGCCCCGACGAGCUCGAUCUCCGAAAGAGGCUUAAGAGGCGUGUCAUUGGUUUGGCCGUGCUAGAGAAGGCUCGGAAACGACAAAUGUCAAGGAUCACGUACAUGAAAGAAGGAGACGCCAACACUAGAUUCUUCCACCAUAGAGUGAAUCGCAGAAGGAGAAAAAAUUUCAUCCAUCGCCUAAAACAUAAUGGUGGCUGGGUUACUGACCACGACCAUAAGAAGGCCAUCAUUCACAGCCACUUCUCCUCUGUUAUCAAGAAGGGCCCCCGGCGACAAAGGGACUUUAACUGGGAGGGCGUUCCCACCCCUGACUGUGACCUUAGUGACAUUGGAUCCCCUUUCACCGAGGAGGAGGCUAGGCGAGUCGUGUUUCAGUCACCAUCUAAUAAGGCUCCGGGACCUGAUGGCUUUACGGGUGCUUUCUUCAAAGCAUGUUGGGACAUCAUCAAGGUGGAUGUCAUGGCUGCCAUUGACCACUUCUCCAAUCUGCAUGCUUCGAACUUCCACUGGUUGAACUCGGCCAACAUCGCACUCAUUCCGAAGAAAGAUGGUGCGGAAGAUAUCUCUGACUUUCGGCCUAUCCAUCUGAUCCAUGUCGUGGCCAAGCUCACUGCAAAGAUGAUGGCGUCCCGCCUCGCAGUUCACAUGGAUGAUCUUGUUUCGCAAGCCCAGAGCGCCUUUAUCAAGAAGCGAAGCAUCCACGACAACUUCACCUAUGUGCGCAACCUUGCCAGAAGGUUCCACCGGAGCAAGACCCCUAUGUUGCUCUUCAAACUUGACAUCAAGAAGGCCUUUGAUUCGGUUCGAUGUGACUACUUAUUGGAUCUCCUGCAGCACCUUGGCUUCCCUGUGCGUUUCCGAGGCUGGGUUUCGGCACUCCUCUCCUCGGCCUCCUCGCGAGUUUUGCUCAAUGGCACGAUUUGA